AUGCUCCUGGUGCAGCCUGGGGCAGCAUCUCCGAGGAGCCUGAGCAAUGCUUCACUUCCCAGCCCAAACCCCACGGACAGGCUGUGGCACAGGAGGUGCCAGCACGACUCUGGGGGUGCAGGUUUUGAGCCAGGUGGGCAGCAGGGGAAGGAAUUUGGUGUGGAAUUUCACUUUCCCUCCGGGAAUUUACAGGAAGAAGGAGGUUCCAAGCAGUUGCACUCGUUGGGGAGUUGGAUUUUUUGUUGUUGUUGUUGCACAAAACAGCUGCUGGAGCAGCAGUUCCUGGUCAGGUUGUUACUGGGAGGGUUCCUCGGGAGGGACCUUUGGGAGGGAUCUUCAGGAGGGACCCUCGGGAGGGAUCUUCAGGAAGGACCCUCGGGAGGGUUCCUCGGGAAGGAUCUUCAGGAGGGUUCCUUGGGAGGAACCCUCAGGAAGGAUCUUCAGGAGGGACCUUCGGAGGGUUCCUUGGGAGGGAUCCUCGGGAGGGACCUUUGGGAGGGAUCCUUGAGAGGGAUCUUCGGAGGAUUCCUCAGGAGGGAUCCUCGGGAGGGAUCCUCAGGAGGAAUCUUCAGGAGGAACCCUCGGGAGGGACCUUUGGGAGGGAUCCUCAGGAGGUUUCCUCGGGAGGGACUUUCAGGAGUGUUCCUCAGGAGGGAUCUUCAGGAGGGUUCCUUGGGAAGGAUCUUCAGGAGGGUUCCUCGGGAGGGACCUUUGGGAGGGAUCUUCAGGAGGGAUCCUCAGGAGGAACCCUCGGGAGGGACCUUUGGGAAGGAUCCUCGGGAGGGUUCCUCGGGAGGCAGCAAAGACCAUCGGGGCGGGAGGGUGGAUCGGGAGCGGCUUUGGGGCCUCUCCUCGGGGGAAGCUCCGUGCGAUGAAUGGUUCGUGAGUCCCACGGGAGUGUGGAGAGCGGGGCCGGGUUUCCCACAGCGGGGAUGUGGGAGGCGGCGGGGCCGUGGCAGCGUGGCCUCGGUGGUUAAUUAUCACAGGUAAUUGCGGGGGGGCACAGGGGACAGCAGCGGCCUCGCUCGGUGUUCCGUGCUUACGUUUGCUGCACGCGCAGAGCAGAGAGAGCUUACAGUAAUAUAUUUGAAGUAAUAUAUAUUUUAUAUCUGAACAGAGCGGGCAAAGGAGGGUUCUGAGGUGGUCACAGGGUACCGGGGCAGUUCCUCGGCCAGGCCAGCGGGGUUACUGCAGCACAACCGAAAAGGCUCCGUUCCUGCCGUUAAUGCAAUAAAAACGGGAAUUCUCACAAAAAGCAAUCCAAUACUGUUUCCCAGAGGCUUUUCCUGUGUGGACAACAGGCCUGUAAACAUAGUUCCAAAAAUCCUAAACCUUUGUCUUUUGCCUUUUUAAAAGGGACUUCGAUUGGGCUUGAGGGUCUGUACAGCAAAAUCGAGGUGACACCAUUUGAAAAUGUAUUUUUACACAAAUAAUAUAGAAAAAAAAUCAUAUUUUACAUAAGAAUUUUAAGUAUUUGAAAUACGUGUAUAUAUAUACUGUAUGUACUUCGUAUAUGCUUUAUUUUACAUUUUCAAUGUAUUAAAAAGUAUUUGAGCUGGUUGGAU